AUGGUAGCUAAAAAUUUUCUAGAACCAUUACCUCUCAUUCCUGCAACAAUAUGGACUCGUAAAGAUAUUGCAGAAUUCAAACGAGAAAUUCUCGAUGUACAGAAGGAAUGUUGUAUAAAGAUAAAUUCUUUAGCAACUGCAACAGUACGUGUUCCAACUCAUCCAAAUGGGAAAGCAAUAUGUUGGGAAUUCGCUACAGACAAUUAUGACUUAGGUUUUGGAUUGUAUUUUGAAUGGGAUUUGGAACCGCCUGAAAAUAUUUCUGUUAAUAUUUCGGAGUCAAGUGAUGAAGAAGGCGGUGAAGAUGAGGAUGAAGAAGGACCUAGUAAUGGGAAUUCUAUGGAACAAACGUCGCCUGAAAACGAAAAUAAGGAAUCUCAUGAUUUGGAAUUAGGCAAGAAGUCAUUACAACAGCGUUUACCUACCGACGAACUUAUACCAAUCUAUAGAAGGGAUUGUCAUACAGAAGUUUAUUGUGGUAGCCAUCAGUAUCCAGGUGUUGGUGUGUAUGUAUUCAAAUUCGACAAUUCAUUUUCUCUCUGGCGUUCUAAGUGGCUGUAUUACCGUAUUUUCUAUACUCACUGAGUAGUUUCACACAGCCACCGUUCGAAACAUUGAAAUUAUGUUGUUCACAUUCUCUACGUUACUUCCGAUUCAAAUUUACUGUGAACCAAUUUGGUUCUCCUUCCCAUUGUUUUAUUUUGACAUGUUGCAAAUUGCUUCUGAUCUCAGCA